UUUUUUUUUUUUUUUUUUUCCACUGUGGUUUAAGAUGAUUGACUUGGUGGAAGGAAGUCUGGUAUAAAUGAUCAUGAUGGGAUAUUACAGUGAGGUUUGAUUCUUUGUUUGCAUGUCAAAAUCAGCUUGGGUUAUGGAAUUUGACUGAAAGGACAUAACUUUGGAGUGUUUGAUCUUCUGGGUUUGUGUUUCUUGGACUAUUUAUGCUAUAAAUUCUAUAUAUUAAAACUCAAUCUGUUAUAUUACACCCACACUAAUAACUCUUUGCUAUUCCUUUUCCCUCCCAUACCCUCUCUUUUCAACAUCAGUUGUGUCUUUUUUUUCUUUCUUUUUUUUUUCAUUUUCCCACGUUGAUGAAUUUUCUCCUUAGGGAGUUGAGGUCUAUUGUGUAGAAUUUUAGUUGAGGUUCUGAGUCUUGGAAAUUUAAUACAGGAUUGAUUGGUCUGGAUACUCUAGAGUGAGUUUUUGUCUGGAGAACAUUGUUUGGUUGCUAUUGCAGAACCUUUUUGUGGCAUCUUGUGUCCUAAAGAGGAAAGGUUUGAUAAGUCAUGAAGUUGGUUUUUCUGAUUCCAUCAGAGAGAUUCUGGUGAACUUAUAUGUUAACAGAGAAGAAAGAAUAAAAGAAUCAGUCAUGAAGUUUAUGAAACUUGGAUCUCGGCCGGAUACCUUCUACACUGCUGAGGCUGUAAGGUCAGUCUCUUCUGAAGUCUCUAGUGAUCUCAUAAUUCAAGUGAAAGGAAGUAGAUAUCUACUUCACAAGUUUCCUUUGUUGUCCAAGUGUUCGCGGCUGCAGAGGCUAUGCUCUGAGUCCCCUGAAACCUCACAACAUCAAAUAGUCCAACUUCCUGAUUUUCCUGGUGGUGUUGAGGCAUUUGAACUCUGUGCAAAAUUUUGCUAUGGAAUUACAAUCACUCUCAGUGCCUACAAUAUUGUAGCUGCACGAUGCGCCGCCGAAUACUUGCAGAUGACUGAAGAUGUUGAGAAGGGGAACUUAAUAUACAAGCUUGAGGUUUUCUUCAAUUCCUGCAUCCUUCAUGGGUGGAGGGACUCCAUUGUAACCCUUCAGACCACAAAAGCUUUUCCUUUAUGGUCAGAAGACCUUCGAAUCACAAGCAGAUGCAUUGAAGCAAUUGCUUCUAAAGUCCUAACUCAUCCCUCAAAGGUGAGUUUGUCCCAUAGUUAUUCUAGGAGGGGUAGAGAUGAUAUUUCUUGCAAUGGAGCUGAGAGCCAGAGGCAUAGCAAAGGUUGGUGGGCUGAAGAUAUGGCAGAAUUAGGCAUAGACCUUUAUUGGAGAACCAUGAUAGCCAUUAAAUCUGGUGGAAAGAUACCCUCUAACCUCGUCGGCGACGCAUUGAAAAUCUAUGCAUCAAGAUGGCUACCUAACAUUUCCAGAAAUGGGAAUAUCAAUAACCCUGAAGCAUCAGACUCAGAUUCAGAUUCAGCGAAUGAGGUCACUUCAAAGCAUAGGCUGCUUUUAGAAUCAAUAAUAAGCUUACUCCCAACAGAGAAAGGUGCUGUUUCUUGUGGUUUCCUACUUAAACUCUUGAAGGCAGCCAAUAUUCUUAAUGCUUCCUCUUCUUCAAAGACGGAAUUGGCUAGAAGAAUUGGACUUCAGUUAGAAGAAGCAACAGUCAGUGACCUGUUGAUACCUUCUCUAUCAUACUCAAAUGAUAAUCUAUAUGAUGUAGACAUAGUCAUGACCAUAUUGGAACAGUUCAUGUCACAGGGGCAGAGUCCCCCAACUAGCCCACCAAGAUCAAAACUUGGGUUUGAAAGGAGAAGGUCUAGGUCCGCAGAAAAUAUUGAUUUUGAGUUGCAAGGGAGUAGGAGAUCAUCUUCAGCAUCACAUGGUUCAAAACUAAAGGUGGCAAAGCUUGUGGAUGGAUAUCUACAAGAAAUUGGUAGAGAUGUGAAUUUGCCUCUGUCAAAGUUCAUUACAAUUGCUGAGGCCAUACCAGAUUUCGCCAGGCUCGACCAUGAUGAUCUCUACAGAGCAAUUGACAUUUAUCUCAAGACACAUCUUGACCUAAGUAAGAGUGAAAGGAAAAGAUUGUGCCGGAUCCUUGACUGCAAAAAGUUAUCUAUGGAGGCAUGUAUGCAUGCUGCAAGAAAUGAGUUACUCCCGCUAAGAGUAGUGGUACAAGUUCUUUUCUUUGAGCAAGCUCGAGCUGCCAUGGCCGGUGGCAAAGUGACUGAGCUGCCUAGAAACAUAAAGGCACUGCUAGCAGGGCACAAUAUCGAUCCUUCCAGGCCUCCUGCAACAUUCAGCACCAGUAGUACCAUUGCAGCAGAGGACCAGUGGAGUAUCUCAGGCCUUAAAUCUCCAAAGUCUAGACUUUCAACUCUACGCAUGAAGUUAGCUGAAGAUGAUGAUUUAGAUGAAAAUGAUUUGAACCCAGAUGGAAUUGGCAGAGCUUCUAAGUUUAAGGCUUUCUGUGCUCUUCCUACACGACCCAAAAAGAUGUUCAGUAAGUUGUUGUCAAUCAAUAAAAAUGGCAGUGAAAAGAAUUGAGUGAAUAAUGUUGAUUACUUCCCAGUUGUGAAUGGUAAAAUUGAAGGGUAACACAUAAUGUUGUUUUUUGUACUUGGGAAAAAUGUCUUGUAAUUUUAGCUUAAAACAAAGAAUCUCAAUGUGAAUUGUUGAUGUAACAUGUUAUAAUAUUGCCUCAAAUUGUGUUAGUAAUAAUUCUUAUGCACCAACAUGUUGAUAGUUCUUUCUCUGUGAAUGAAUGGAGGAGUCAUAGUUGUGUUUGACCAACAGUGGGACCGGAACUGAUGC